CUGGGGGUUCUUCAUAUACUCUACAUUUCCGUAUAUAUUACACAAUCAGACAGACGACUAUUUAUCGUCUACCUAGCUAGCACAGCCCCCUUCGUCUCCAUGCUUUCAUUGGUCGCAAUGUUCAUGCCACGUGUAUGGUUCUUGUCACAUCUUAUAAGCUUCCAGUAUUUUUCUGUGGCAUUAUGGGUCAUCAUCUGUCUGCUUAUGCAAAUUUUCGAAGGACACCAUUCAUUGGUUAGCAAAAUGAGUGAACAUCUACAACACAUCGAAGUGGCCACUCCACCUUUUUGCUGUGUCUUCCCAUGUCUGCCGAAAAUACAACUCGAGAGGUGA